CCGGAUCAACGAGAAGUCGGUGUGGUGCUGUGGCUGGCUACCCUGCACGCCGCUGCGCAUCGCCGCCACUGCCGGCCACGGCCCCUGCGUCGACUUCCUCCUCCGCAAAGGGGCCGAGAUCGAUCUGGUGGAUGUGAAGGGGCAGACCGCCCUCUACGUAGCUGUGGUCAACGGGCACCUGGAGUGUGCCAAGAUCCUCCUGGAAGCUGGGGCUGACCCCAAUGGCAGCCGGCACCACCGCAGCACCCCCGUCUAUCAUGCAGCACGCGUGGGCCGGGCAGACAUCCUCCGGGAACUGAUCAGGUACGGCGCAGAUGUGGACGUGAAUCACCACCUCCCUUCCCGAGUCCCCAGCCUCUCCCUGCGGCCCCUCACCACGUUGGUGGUCUGCCCGCUCUACAUCAGCGCUGCCUACCACAACCUCCAGUGCUUCCGGCUGCUGCUCCAGGCAGGAGCCAACCCAGAUUUUAACUGUUGUGGGCCCAUCAACAUCCAAGGCUUCUCUCGGGGCUCCCCGGUGUGUGUGAUGGACGCUGUCCUGCGGCACGGUUGUGAAGCGGCGUUCGUCCACCUCUUGAUUGACUUUGGAGCCAAUCUGAACCUGGUGAAAGCAGAGGCCUUGGGGGUGGAAUCCACAGGAAGGGUCAAAAUCAACCCUGAGGCUCUGCAGGUGUUCAAAGAAGCAAGGGGCCACACCCGGAGCCUCUUGUCUCUCUGCCGCAUAGCUGUGCGAAGAAUACUUGGCAAAUCUCGGCUGGAUCUGAUCCAUAUCCUUCCAAUUCCAGACCCCAUUAAACAAUUUUUACUUCACGAACACAGUUAAAGAGCAACUGGCUUCUUUCCGGGACGGUUUGAUUUGGUAAAUGAGUGUGCUGAUAAAGCCAGGUGCCAAUCCUAACCCUUCCCCACAG